AUGGACUUGUUCAAUCUGCAUGUGAGGCCAACAAAGACUGCUACGACUAUGGUGUUGAAGGUUGAUCUAGGGUGUAAAUGCUGUUACGAGAAGAUCAAGAAUAAACUGCUCUGUAAAAUUCCUGAAAUAAAAGAGUAUGCUUUCCAUGAGAAGGACAACGCAGUGAUGAUCAAAGUAGUAUGCUGCUACCCUGAGAAGAUCAAAACGAAGCUUAUCUGCAAAGGUGGCAAAAUCAUCCACAGUAUUGAGGUUAGGGCACCCGAGAAACCUAAACCCCCAGCAGACAAGCCAAAACCUCCAGCUGACAAGCCAGAACCUCCAGCUGACAAACCAAAACCUCAAGCUGACAAGCCAAAGGUACCGGUGCCAACUCCAGUAACAGGGUAUCCACCAUGCAUCUAUCCACCUGGAGUGUCUUGUAAGUCAUGCUAUGAGGGACGUAGUGGUGGCCCCUGCCACCAUGGAUGUAGGAUUCCGCGCCAACCACCAUCUUAUGAUGGAUAUCUGAAGCUAGUGCCAUCCUAUGAUGGCUGGCCUUCUGGGUGUCGCUGUAACAGAAGCUAUGGUUGCCGCUGUGAAUUCUUUACUGAAGAAAAUCCCCCAUGCACCAUCAUGUGAAUCAUUCUCCAUCGUGAUUGUCCUUGUCUGGUUUUUUAUUUCCUUUUCUCAGUUGGGUGUUGAGUCAGUGAUCAGUCCUUUUGGGUUCUUUUCUCCUCCACAGCAUCAAGGCUGUAUAGGCCAAAGGAUUAAUAAUAAUGUUUGUGGGCUAAUAGUGUUGAUUCCAUCGUUAGAUGAGUAAGACAGUAAAAGUCUUUCUAUGACCAUUUCCUUUCCAUACUGUUGUAUCUCACUUUCUUUUACUUACUUAAGUUGCCUUCUGCAA